AUGCCACGACAAAAGGGCAAAGGUUGCUCAAUUUGUUCGAGGCGAAGGAUCAUCUGCGAUCUUGGCCAACCGAGCUGUCAAAAAUGUCUCGGCAGGGGAUUUGCCUGCCCCGGCUACGGUCCGAGACUUCGAUGGGUUCAGGGCGUGGCUCUUCGUGGCCAUCUUCGGGGUAUCCAAUUUCCUAUCCCCGAGUCUCCAGCAUCCGAUUCCUCACCAAGUCUGGAUAACAACACGCAACAACUGUUAGACUAUUAUGACAAGAACAUCGCCGGGUUGAUGGUCUGGAUCGACUCGGAAAAGAAUUAUUACCGUCAAAAGGUUCUGCCUCUUGCUCAGACGAAUGAAGCAGUCCGUCUCGCUAUAUGCGCUGUCUCGGCCCAGCACGCAGCAAGAGACUUCACGCCAUCUACUGUUUAUGAGAAAGAUAGGGAUCAUGUUUUGUCGAUGAUCAUGCAAGGUGUUGAUGACAUGACCGCACAUCCCCAACUCACAGUGACUGCCGAUACAGCAGAAUGGAUGCUCUCGUCGAUGAUGGUCCUGUCAUCCUACGAGUUAGCGCAUGCUGGCGGUGCAGAAGCUGCUGAUUUCCACCGAAAGGCAGCUCGUGCGUUAGUCAACACUCUAUCGACUCUGGACUUUCCUAAAAGUAGCCUUUUCAACUUUUUGCAGAACCAGCUUUCUAUGUAUGAUAUUUUCGCUUGCACUACUAUAUUCGACACAACAGACGUGCAAGAUGCGAUUCGGCCUAUUGAAUUCGGGGAAGAUAGGUCAUUCUCUGCGUAUCUACUACUUCUUCGUGAUGUGACGCUCAUAUCUCGUAGCGGUUCAGCUCAGGGCCCAACUCGCGAUUGGAGGGGCGAGUUUGUGCAAGCACGAGGGGAGACUUUGAUGGAAGUUGGUAGCAGCGGUUUGUGCUCGUCUGCUGAUCGUGGGGACUUUAUACGGCUUGUUGAUGCCUACCAUAACGCUGCGCUGUUGUACACUGCAAGAUGCCUUGGUCAUCAGUGCUGCCCGGAAGAGACAGUUAGUCUGCUCGAUUUGUUCCAACUACUGACUGGUAUGGAGAAUCUACAUGCGUGCAUUCAUAACCUCGCAUGGCCAAUCUUCAUCGCUGGGACAGAAUGUUACGGCGAUGACGACAGGCAGCUCAUAGUGAGAGAUCUUUACCAAAGCUUGUCUGACGUCACAGGAUUCAAGCAUCACGGAGACGUUCUCACAUUUCUCGAGACAUUCUGGUCCGGUAGAGAUCCAGACUGGCGUGUACUAGCAAACCAAUGGGAAGGUCUCGGUAGAAGAAUUCUAGCAGUUUAA